AUGGGUGGCGGUAUGACGGAGGAGAAGGAGCAGCUGGUGACGCAAGUGAAGCAGAUCCAGAGAUCCCAGGAGGACGGGAAGGUGAAGUGGGAAGAGUUCUGCUCCGUCUUGCGAACUGGCAACCGGGACCCUGCGCGGCACACUGCGCAAGCACUGCGGAUGUUCUUGGAGGGCUAUGCGCGGGGUGAGAUGCCUCAGACUCCGAUUUACAGCCAAGUGCUGCGGCUGCGGGGAGUGCCCUUCCAAAGCGAGAUGAGCGAUGUGGUCGCCUUUCUGGCAGACUUCAACAUUGAUGCCAGCAACAUCGUCAUCGCUCGGGGGCCGGAUGGCAAAAAGACCGGAGAGGCCUAUGUGACAAUGCCCUCCGUGGAGAUAGCUGAGCAUGCGCUGCAGGUGAAGCAGAAGCAGGAGAUCCACGGCCGGUACAUCGAGCUUUUCCGGGCCUGCGAGGAGGACCGUGACCAAGCUCGGGUCUACCAUGAUGCCUACCUUCGUCCAGGGCCGACUGGAGGCAACGACGGUGGCACGGGCAAGGAAGCGCUGGUGGCGGAGGUGAAGCACGUCCAGCGCUCCUCAGAGGAAGGACGUGCAAAGUGGGAGAGGUUCUGCGACGCGCUGCGCAAUGGCAACCGAGACCCCUCCCGGCACACCUGUGAGACACUGCAAGCCUUUACGCAGGCCUACAGAAGUGGCCAAGACAUGGACAUGGUGGCGAUGUUCAUUUGCAAAGACAGCCGCGUGCUGCGGCUCCGGGGGGUUCCUUUCCAGGGCGGCGUGCCCGAUGUGCUGGCCUUCCUGGCGGAGUUCAGCGUCCAGGAGCCGGACAUUCUCUUCAUCAAGAAGCCAGAUGGCCGACCCACUGGGGAGGCCUUUGUGAGCUUCCAGUCCCCAGAGCUCGCGCAGCGUGCCAUG